CGUAGUAACUUUUCGUCUCACGUGAUCACAACAACAAAAAAAUUACCGCGAAAACUGUCUGCGACUGAUAAUACUUUGUACGUUUUUCUAGCUGAGACUUUAUUCUCCCAAAAAGCACCAUCUUUAAAUUAACGUUACAGACAAAUUGACAAUGUUUUGCGAAAAGGCAGUCGAGCUUAUUAGAGAACUUCAUCGGAUGGGCGACGGUCAGCUGCCCGCCUUUAAUGAAGACGGGAUUCGCCAAGUCCUGGAGGAAAUGAAGGCUCUGUACGAGCAGAAUCAGAGUGAUGUGAAUGAGGCAAAGACCGAGGGAAAGAGCGAGCUGAUCCCAUCCAUCAAGUUCAGGCACAGCUGCCUGCUGAGAAACCAGCGCUGCAUCUCCUCUUACCUUUAUGAUCGCCUGCUCCGAAUCCGUGCUCUCAGGUGGGAGUAUGGCAGUGUACUGCCCACAAACAUCCGCUUUCAUAUGUGUGCUGAAGAGAUGGAGUGGUUCAAUCAGUACAAAAAGUCUUUGGCGACCUAUAUGAGGUCAAUAGGGGGAGAGGAAGGUUUGGACAUAACACAGGAUAUGAAGCCCCCAAAGAGUUUAUACAUCGAGGUGCGUUGUCUCAAAGACCAUGGAGAAUUUGAAAUCGAUGAUGGUACUGUCAUUCUGUUAAAGAAAAAUAGCCAGCACUUUUUACCCAGAUGGAAAUGCGAGCAGCUCAUUCGGCAGGGUGUAUUAGAGCAUGUCAUCUCCUAACGACGAGCGGCUGUAUUGUGGAUAUUUUCCUUCACGUUCAUUUAGAUUAAAGUUGUCACGAGUAAAUUAAUCCAAUCCGAGAGUUACACAGGUAAAACUUUACUUGGUCACGUUCUGUACAGUGGUACAUGGUGCAUUUACAACAGUGGCGUCACACUUUCAUCUCCCAACAGUUAGCCAGCCCUUUUCACCGAGGUGUACGUCUUAAGAGACAUCUGCAACACUGACAAUAAUUUAUAUCAAAGUGGACGUUAGUGCAUCAUGAUUGACAAUUGUGCAAUUACUUAAAAGUAUUUGUAUCAAAACUGUACAUUGCGUGAAUACUGUGCUUUUGGUUAUUGCACCACAAUGGGCAUUAAAACUGCAGUAAAAAGA